AUGAUCGAAACUCUCCAUACUUUGUAUGAGAUUGUGCUCAUGGCCAAGCUGGAGAUUGCCGUCUUCAUCCUGGCUGCAGGCCUUCACUUUCUCUUGUUCAGCAACUUGGCGCUCCGGCGUUCUCAGUCCAAGCCAAAGGGCAAGUCCAAGCUAGAUGAUGCAGGCGAUGGACCGACAGGGGAUGCAUUCAAUUCGUUCGCUUCGAAGCCGUCAGAGAAGUCGACUUCUCCAUCUGCAUCUAUCCAGCGGGCUAUCAAGCCACUGCUGCGUGUGGGUGCAAAGGAGGCCACCCUAAAGGACGAAAUCCGCCGCACACUGGAUUCACUCAAGGUUCCUGACACGGCGCAUGAGGAAGUCCUGGCUGAUGUACUGGACGGCCUUGGUCGUCAUGCCGAAGCCGAGCUGCUUGCAGCUGUCCGCUCACUGCUUCCCAAAGUAACAACCUGGAGAAUGGCCGAGCACCUCCUCCGCUUCCUCGGCGCUCGGGCACCUGGCGACGUCGAAGCCCUCUUGGCAGAGGUCGAGUCGCACUGUGAUGCCAAAGAGACACUUCCUCACGGUGUUGCGGUUUCCUGUCACCAAGCCUUUCACCGCAUCCUUGAUGGAGUCGUGAAGACAGACGUUGAUCGUUGCUGGGAUGUGCUGAAACGAAUGGAGGCAAUUGGCCUGUCCCCGAACAACGUCACGUGCUCCAUUCUGCUCAAGGGCGUUCAGAAGGGAAUGCAGGACGGGUACUUGCAGAAGGUGAUGAAGAUCAUUGACUCGCGUGAAGUCAAAGAGAUGGACGAGGUCUUGCUGGGAUCCCUGUACGAAGCCUGCAUCCGUUGCGGUCAAGUCCAGUACCUGCUGAACUACGUCAAGCGCCUCCGUGAGGAAAGCGGCUUUGUCCAGGUCCGAAGCGCGCACACUGUGGGCUCCAUCAUUCGCGCCUACGGUGCAGCAGAGGAUUUGGAUGGUGUUUGGGCUACCUGGAAUGAGAUGAAAAGGAAGCAAAUCCAGCCAACCAGAAUCACUCUGGGUUGCAUGGUUGAGGCGCUGGCUUCCAACAACGAUGCUGAAGGUGCGUACGAGAUCAUUCAGCAGGCACUUGCGGAUCCGGAAACCGCGACCUUGGUCAAUGCAGUGACUUACAGCUCUGUGCUCAAGAGCUUCAAUCACCAGAAGCGCUUUCAUCGCGUGUGGGAGGUCUACGAGGAGAUGAUAAAGCAGAAAGUUGAGUUCUCGGUGACGACGUACAAUGCCCUCCUGGAUGUCUGUGCAAGGAGUGGCGAGAUCAGCCGGGCCGAACCGCUGCUGAAGGACAUGGCUGAUCAGGGCGUGUCACCCAACAUCAUCACGUACGGCACAGUCAUCAAGGCGUACUGCUCUGCAAACCGGUUGGACCAGGCAUUCGCAGUCUUGGAAGAGAUGCAGAAGAACACAUCGUUACAUCCCGAUGAGGUGACCUACAACACGCUUCUCGAUGGCUGUGCCCGCUACGGACUCUUCGAUCGUGGUUUGGAAGUCCUUGCCGACAUGCGCAGGGCAGGUGUGCCUCCGAGCAACUACACGCUGUCCGUGAUUGCCAAACUUGCGAACCGCAGCAAGAAGCCGAAGAAGGCCUUCGAGAUGGUGGAUGGUUUGCGGAAAGAGUUUGGACUCAAGCUGAACAUGCAUGUCUACAACAACCUCAUCCACGCAGCAACGUGUGACAGCAACAUGAUGAAAGCGCAAGAAGUCUUCGGCACUAUGCUGGAGGAGCGUGUCCGCCCAGAUGGACGCACCUACACUCUGCUGCUCAGGUUCUGCAUCACUCAAAAGGCAGCUUUGCCUGCCAUGGCGCUGCUAAAGACUGCCUUCGGGUUGAAGCAUCAGAAGGAUGAACUGGUGAAGACAUCUGGCAGCGAGGAUUGCUUACAUCCAUUGCUGGUCAAAGCCCUUGUGCGCUCGUGCCAUUGGGCAGCCGCACCCCUCCGUGGCAAUGCUGCAUUGCAGGAAGAGGUCAUUCAGGACUCCUUUGACUUCCUUUCGCGCAGCGAUUUGUCUGGCAUGCCCAAGCUUCUGGCAGAGGUGCAGAAGCUGCUUCCGUCAUUCAAGCUCCCGAAGUCCACCACGAGCAGGAUCUUCGCAAAGCAUUGA